GGCGGAGCGUCGCGUCCGUUCCACCGCCUCACGGAGCAGCCGCCAUCUUGUUUCUCGCCCGCUUCGCGCUCGCUCCGUUCCUAGUCACCCCCCCUCCCUUCUCCCUUCAGCCGGGCGGGAGGCAGAGCGGUAGCGGGUCCCCUCCCCUCGGUGCCCCGGGCAGAGGAGGUGGAGGUCGCGGCGCUGGCUUGGCUGUUAUCACCAUGUCCACAGAUGGUGGCUUUGGCGCCGCUGGCAGUAGUGAUGCUCAGCAAAGCCUGCAGUCUUUCUGGCCUCGGGUCAUGGAGGAGAUUCGAAAUCUAACAGUGAAAGACUUCAGAGUGCAGGAACUCCCACUGGCUCGUAUUAAGAAGAUUAUGAAACUGGAUGAAGAUGUGAAGAUGAUUAGUGCUGAAGCUCCUGUGCUGUUUGCCAAGGCUGCUCAAAUAUUCAUAACAGAAUUGACGCUACGGGCAUGGAUACACACUGAAGAUAACAAGCGGAGGACUCUGCAGAGGAAUGAUAUUGCCAUGGCAAUUACAAAGUUUGAUCAAUUUGACUUUCUCAUCGAUAUUGUUCCAAGGGAUGAACUUAAACCUCCAAAACGUCAGGAAGAGGUGCGCCAGGCUGUGACUCCUGCUGAGCCUGUCCAGUACUAUUUCACGCUUGCUCAACAGCCUGCCGCAGUACAGGUACAGGGGCAACAGCAGGGACAACAGACCACCACAUCCACUACUACCAUCCAGCCAGGACAGAUCAUCAUCGCUCAGCCUCAGCAAGGACAGACCACCCCAGUGACGAUGCAGGUUGGUGAGGGUCAACAGGUACAGAUCGUCCAGGCACAGCCACAAGGACAAACGCAGCAGGCUCAGAGUGGAACUGGGCAGACCAUGCAAGUCAUGCAGCAGAUAAUCACCAACACAGGAGAAAUCCAGCAAAUUCCGGUUCAACUGAAUGCUGGCCAGCUGCAGUAUAUCCGCUUAGCUCAGCCAGUAUCAGGCACCCAGGUAGUCCAGGGACAGAUCCAGACGCUUGCAGCCAACGCACAGCAGAUUACACAAACAGAAGUCCAGCAAGGACAGCAGCAGUUCAGCCAGUUCACAGAUGGACAGCAACUCUAUCAGAUUCAGCAAGUGACCAUGCCUGCAGGUCAGGACAUCACCCAGCCCAUGUUUAUUCAGUCCACCAAUCAGACUUCUGAUGGACAAGCGCCUCAGGUGGCAGGGGACUGAAUUAGCCCACCCUAGUGAGUAUUCUGUCAGCAUGGAAAUUGACACACACCAGCUUGACUUCUGCCAUUCCGACCGGCU